AUGAAGAGGAGCGAGCGCUUUACGAACAAAGACGUCACGGUGUGCCUCCGCUUAACGUUGAGGAGCUGGAAAGGAGACGAGAGAAAUGAACAAAAUGAGCAUAAGGCCACACAACGUCUGUCAAUAACAAUGGAUCCUGUCAUAAUUUUGAGAGCAUUAGCAAGGCCAGAUUCUGGACUGCAGGUGAAAAAUAGGAAAUGGUUGAAAAUCCUGGUACCCAUGUCAUUUAUAGGCCGAGAUCUCGUUGAUUGGUUGUUGGAGCACGUUGAAGACUUAAGCGAUAGGAAGGCAGCCCGUCAUUAUGCAGCCGAACUGUUGAAAGCUGGACUUAUCCGUCAUGUGGUCAGCAAGCUGACAUUCACUGAAAAGUGUUACUACGUUUUCGGUGAUGCAGUAGUUGGUGUAAGAGGUGCUGCCGAUAGUACUCAGAACAGUGGAGGAACAGCAAAGGUUGAGGCGACCACAGAGGUGACGUACGUGGGCUCACCUGCACCCGCUGGUCAUCACGGCAACAUUUUACGCCCAUUCGGUCAACAGCAGCCCGCAGGACCACAUCAGGUAGCAGAUCAAACCUGGCCGUUCAGCCCGAUAACGGUGUUUGAUUCGUCUCGAAGGUUUAGAAACGGCUGUGAAAGUCCUUUGACAAAUGACUACGCAUCCAUGGUCGGCGGAGAAAGCAGUGCUUCCUACGCUAUGGGUGUCGGUAGAGGAAUUCCACGAGCCUUGAACACUCCAGUGGACGGUACGUCGGAUAUGCAGUCGAAUCUUGCUCCUCCACAUCCAAGCCCAUGCGAAACGGUCUUCGAAGAUGAUGACAAGAGAAGAAUACUCCGACGAUAG